AUGUCGCUGGCCAUGAAAGCUCGGCAGAAAGUGAGGAGGAAGGCAGCGCCUAAAGACCGGGUCUUUGGGUGUGACCUGGUGGAGCAUCUCCAAUUAUCUGGUCAGGAUGUCCCCCAGGUCCUGAAGAGCUGCACAGAGUUUGUAGAAAAGCAUGGGAUAGUGGAUGGCAUCUACCGGCUGUCAGGAGUCUCAUCAAACAUCCAGAAACUAAGGCUCGAAUUUGACACCGACCGCCUCCCUGAUCUCAACAAAGACAUCUAUCUGCAGGACAUCCACUGCGUGAGCUCCCUCUGCAAGGCCUACUUCCGGGAGCUGCCCAACCCUCUCCUCACAUACCAGCUGUACGACAAGUUUGCGGAUGCUGUGGCCAUUCAGCUGGAAGAGGGGCGGCUGGUAAAGAUCAAGGAAGUGCUGAAGGAGCUGCCACCACAACACUACAGGACCUUGGAGUUCCUGAUGAGGCAUCUGGUCCACAUGGCAUCCUUCAGCGCCCAGACCAGCAUGCAUGUGAGGAACCUGGCAAUCGUUUGGGCUCCCAACCUGCUCAGGUCCAAGGACAUUGAGGCAUCCGGCUUUAAUGGCACCGCGGCCUUCAUGGAGGUCCGCAUCCAGUCCAUUGUGGUGGAGUUCAUCCUCACCCAUGUGGAACAGCUUUUUGGAGACGCUCCUCUCUGCGCAGGUAGCCGUGAAUCUCUCAGGAAAUCCCUCCUUUUGGGGUCACCGACAGCCCUCUUCGAUGACAAAUACUACUUUCCCUGCAAUGUCCCAACUAUGCUGAACCAGGGGGAUGGUCCUCCACAGAUGCGCCCAUACCACACCAUUAUUGAUCUCAACGACAAUAAAAGAAAGGGCUCCCUUAAGGCAAAGAGAUGGAGGUCCAUCUUCAACCUUGGCCGAUCCAGUAAUGACUCAAAGCGCAAGUUGAACAAGUCAGAGGAAAAAGUAGACAAAAUGCGACUGCGACCAGCCAAAAGCAUGGAUUCCCUGAGCUCUAUGCCAUGUGUGAGUGAUGAUGUUGCUCAGCUGGGGAGAAAGAGGUCCCAGAUGCAGCUCCUUCAAGGCCGUGAGAGUUUUAACAGCCAUUUGUCGCAGGACAGCAGCUUCCUGGAGUCGGAGAAGAUCAAAGCUGAGGAAGGGACGGGCGAAUCCGAGGGGGAAGCCACCGCCAAGUCAGAGCCCACCACCCCAAAAGCCAGCAGGUCCAGCCUCGUUGGAGUGGCCCCUCAAGGGCGAUCACCCCAGUCUGCACGGAGCCGAGCAGAGAAGUGCGCUGGGGUUCACAUCUCGGGGCCUUUCUCUGUCAUGGUCCCUUUCCACAUAACUUCAAACCUCACUUUGUCCCGAUUGACUCGGGGGCUGGAGUGCCCUGCCCUGAGCCACUGCUCCUUGGACAAGGAGGCUCCUGAGACUUCUUUGGCCACAGAGGAAAUACUUUCUUCGAAGCAGAAAGAAGACAUGCCCAAGCUGACGUCUGAGAUCAGCAUCGACAAGAGAGAUCCUUCAGGUAAGUCAGCCGUGGAAAGCUCGCUGGACUUGGAGGAGAACCAGUUGUCCCUGGAAGUCCAGGAUUCCUUUGCCUUCCUUGACAGCCAGGAUGCUUGGCUGGUCGACAGCCUUGAGAGCGACCAGCCCUGGAAGAGUCCGUACACGGCCCCCGAUUUUGCAGGCGGAGAGAAGGAUGGCUUCCCAGCCAUGGAUGAUGAUAUGGGUAGCGGAUUCAUGAAUGAGAUGAUGGGAGAAAGCUGGCAGAUGGAGACAUUUUCUGCUGCUCCAUCACUGAAUUAUCUGUCCAUCGAGGAGUGUAUGAAUGAGCAUUCAGAUGAGGAAGAUGACCAGUACUAUCUGGCCACAAGCUGUUUGGAUAAGGAGCACUCCAAGGAGGCGGACUCUGAAGAAGUCUACCUGAGCGCCUAUGAUGAUCUCAGCCCUUUAGCUGAUGAACUAAAACAUUUUCAGCAUCUUCAAGAAGCUCCUGAUGCCCCUCUCAUAGGACAUUUGACAGAAAAUCAACCCAUCAGUCUGGCUGGAGAGACUUCACCUGGAGACCCACCAGUAUUUGAAGCAGAGAUGGAACUUUUGCCAGGCAGCCCUCCUGCAAAUGACCCACAAUUAGAUGAUUCGCAUCUAGGUUCAGAACUAAAAAGCCUGAUAGAGGAAGAGGAUGGGGUCUCCCUGAGUUCCAAAAGUGAUUCCCAUGAGUUGGAAACAUCUGAGAAGAAUGGAACCAAAGCCGCCAAGGUAAAGCCCAGUUUGCCUUUGUCUCUGCAAGCAGAAGAUGCAAAUACAGGAGAAGAAGAUGACCUCCUUCUUAAAAAGGGCUGUUUGCUUCAAGCAGAAUACCCUAUCAGAGUUUCAGAAGAAAACCAGGAAAAAACUCUGGCUCCAGAUCACAGAACUGAGGCAACUCAACCCAGCCUCAAGAAUGAGCAGCAACUACAUGCUCAGGUGGCAUCAGAAACUGAGCAGGUUCAGAGGCCUCCUUGCAUGUCCAGCUUAGAGGCUGAUGGACCAACUCCAGAGGUUGUUGGAACAUCUGAUGAGCAUGUGGACUGUGAGUUCCUACUUCAAGAGGCCCAGCAGCUCCUGAGCAGAGAGAUUGCCCAACUGGAGAUUUCCCAAGCUGCUUCAUCACUGGAAGAUCAAAGUUUGACUGGGACUCACAUCCAGGUUGCUCCCUCAUCAGGCAGUACAUCUGAAAUGCCAUGUUCUGAGACAUACCCUCUGUCUGCCCCUUUGCUCGACUUGAGUCUUGAACAAGCUGCUUGGUCCCACACAUCCCUUCCCUAUGUCCCUUUAUCUGACGAUUGCACUGAAUCUUCUUCCUUGUUGCUCGUGACUUCUUCCCGUAAGAGCUGCCCAGAAGGUCUUCUGCAGAAACCUUUUUAUGCACCACCAGAAGAAGCUUCAGCUGUCCCCAAGCACAAUGUUCAACCGGAUGGAAGUGUCUCCAUGAGAAAGACCUCCAGCACCGUCAGAGUCCAGCAGGCGAAAUCUUUCCCGGUUGUGCCUCCGAAGCCACAGUUUGCCAUGAUCCCUCCUUCUUUAAUGCCAAUCUCUCCUUCCAAGGAAGCAUUCAUCCUGUGGCCUGACCCACCAAUAUCAGAUAGAAGUGAUGGAAAUGAGAAAAAGAAUGGGUCCAAUGAGGACACUACGCACAAACCACCUUGCCCCAUCAGCUUGACCACCAAUAGCAAUGAAUCUGUAGAAACUCUUCUUGCAUCUUCUGAGAUGCCCACCUCUCCAGGUAACCACCUCAGUGGUUCGGGGACCCUUCAGAAGCAGCGGAAUUCUAUGCCGGUGUGUCUAGAGAAAUAUGACAGGGAUGAUGAGAGCAGAGGGAACACCCUCCAAAAUUUGCAGUGCUCCUCGCCUCUAAGUUUGGAUAAAUGCAGCCAUUGGUCCAAGUAUGAGCUCAGUGGAGAUGACCUCCAGAAUAUGAAGUGCUCCCUUCCAGUGAAUUCAGAUAAAUGUUGUGGAAAUUCUAAGAGAGACGACAGGAAGGGGGAGCCACCCCAGAAGCAUCAGCUGAAGAAGCACGAGGAAAGCAGCCAGGCUGCCUCUCAGAAGCAGAGGUGGACCAGCUGGCGCAAUGGGGGGAGCAUGUCCUUUGAUGAGGCUGUUGCCCUUGCCAAAGAGAGGCACGUGGCUCAAGCGCCAGUGAGGAGGAUGCAGACCUAUUGCUAUGGAGAUAUCGAAGGUCCACAGGGCCUCCCCAGAUCAGAAAAGCCUCCCCCUUUUCCAAAACCUGCCCUGAAACCCUUAGGGCAGCGCCUACUGAGACCUCUGAGCUCCACAGGCACAGCUGCGUCCCCAGAGGCUCUUCUUUCGGGGAAACCAUUUCUCGCUCAAGCAUCAUCGGACGUCACCUUGGAAGGUCAACUUUCACCUAACCAGGAAGCUCCUUUAGUUACUUGUGACCUUCUGCCCAGGAGCAGGCUGAGCUUGCCAAGGAUAGGAAGGCGCUUAUCGAUGUCAGAAGAGAUACCGGGUGCAGGGCGAUAG